AUGCCCAAAGUCUUAAUAACAGGCGGCUCCGGCAAGGCUGGCCAGAGCAUAAUCACCCACCUCCUAUCCACAAACCACAAGGUUCUAAACCUGGACCUCCAACCCUUACCCACACCAUUAAACGAAAAAGUACAUACCAUACGCAUUGACCUGACCGACACCGGCCAAGUCUUUUCGGCCAUGCACUCGCAUUUCAUCUUCUCCGAGCCCUUCCAUGAACCCACGCGGGAAACACCCGACGCGGUGAUCCAUCUAGCUGGGUACGCGCGCAAUAUGAUGGUUCCGGACAACGAGACAUUCCGAGGCAAUGUACUAUCCACGUAUAACGUUGUGGAAGCCGCAUGCCGAGCAGGAGUGAAGAAGAUUGUUCUGGCUGGAUCAAUCUGCGCGUAUGGUGUAACGUAUGCGGACGGGGAUGUGGACUUCCCGUCUUUUCCCGUUGAGGAGUCUGUCGAUGUUAAUCCGAUGGAUGUGUAUGGGAUGUCCAAGGUAUGUGUGGAGAAUGUUGGACGGAGUUUCGCGAGACGGUUUGGCGUCGAUGUUUAUGUGCUUCGGCUUGGGGCGAUUAUCACGGAGGAUGAGUUCCAGAGGAGGUUCCAUGAGUAUGUCUCUCGUCCGGAGGAGUUCAAGGUCCAUGGGUGGUCGUAUACGGAUGCGAAGGAUAUGGGCGUGAUGUUUGAACGGUGUCUAUGCACGGAUGGAUUGGGGUUUCAGGUGUUUAACGCGGUGAACGAUGAGAUGACCAAUGACGCACAGACAAUGGCGUUCUUGCGGACUCAGUGUCCGGGUGUGCCGAUUACGAGGGAGAUGGGACAGAGAGAGGCGCCGAUUAGUAAUAGGAAAAUGAAAGAUUUGCUAGGAUUUAGACAGCGGGGGUCUUGGAGAGAUCUCUAUCAAGAAGAAUAG